AUGACUGUCAGUCAUCCCAAGGAUGUUUUGAACACCAUCAAUUUCGUCACACAAUGUUUGUGUAUUCCGAUCAUUAGCAUAUUCGUUCUCUUGCGUUUCUCCAUCCGUAUCUACUACAAACAGUUCGUAGGCGUGGAAGACUGGUCAUGUCUCAUAGCAUGGGUUCUGUUCAUGGGAUACUGUGGCAUUGCCAUUGCCGUGGGUCACUAUGGCGGGGGUUACCACAUUGACGAUGUCUCUGAAGCACACCAGAUUCUUUUUCGCAAGUUCUGUUACAUCGCCACCGUUCUUUACUGCCCCAUGGCACUCUUCGUCAAGAUCGCACUCCUUUCAAUCCUCAUUCGCAUCUUCAGUCCUUACCGUUCCAAAAUCUACUUCAUCUACGGCCUCCUCGGCUGUCUCUGCAUAUACUACAUCGUUGCCGAGGUCGUCAAGAUCCGUAUGUGCGACCCGGUUCCGGGAUACUGGACGCUCGAUCCAAAGGCACGCUGUCUCAAUCAACGGGCCGCCCUGAUCGCCGACUCUGUCAUCAGUGUGGUGACAGAUUUUAUUAUCCUGAUUCUACCUCUGCCACUCACCUGGUCGCUUCAAAUGUCACGGAGCAAGAAGUUGCGGGUCAUCGGCAUGCUGUCGGCGGGUGGUCUGGCCACGGCCUUCAGUUUGUACCGGCUGGUUCUGGUCUUGCGUGAUGGUAGCUCCAAUGAUCAGACAAUUGUCUUUAUGAUCGUUAUUCUUUCAGGAAACGCCGAAGGAGGCGUGGCCAUGAUUUGCGCUUGUCUCCCCACGAUCAACAUCCUCAUCAACAAGCUCCGCAAGAAGGAGUACAGCUCUCAACGUUAUUACGAACCAGAGUCCUCUGUCAACCUUAGCAAACUCAAAGGAAGCAACAAGCGAUUCUCCCUCGGUAACUCCCGCCGCGCCGAUGGCACCGAGUCCGCCUCCGACCAGUCACAUCUGAUUACAUUUGCAGGGACGGUCGACAUGGCAGGUAAUGAGGCUGGAGGCAUUCACAAGACGGUGGAUGUGUCACAGACGAUAGAGAUGGUGGCCGAUGGUGAUAGUCAUGAAAGCCACCAUCACAGCAGUUUUCACUAA